AUGGCAACGACCCUAGAAGACAAGUCUAUUUGGGAAGAUGGUGAAGAAGCUCUGAGUGAGGAAGUGCUUCGCAUGCCCACAGACGAAAUCAUUAGCCGUACUAGGCUACUAGACAAUGAGAUUAAAAUCAUGAAAAGCGAAGUAAUGAGAAUCUCCCACGAACUCCAAGCCCAGAACGAUAAAAUAAAGGAAAACACUGAAAAAAUCAAAGUGAACAAAACUUUGCCAUAUUUAGUGUCGAACGUCAUUGAACUCUUAGAUGUGGACCCUCAAGAAGAGGAGGAAGAUGGUGCUGUAGUGGAUCUGGACUCGCAGCGGAAAGGCAAAUGCGCAGUUAUCAAGACAUCAACGCGACAAACAUACUUUUUACCAGUCAUUGGAUUGGUUGAUGCGGAGAAAUUGAAACCAGGUGAUCUCGUUGGUGUAAACAAGGAUUCUUAUUUGAUUUUGGAGACACUGCCAGCUGAGUAUGACGCCAGGGUUAAGGCAAUGGAGGUUGAUGAACGACCAACCGAACAAUAUUCUGACAUUGGAGGUCUAGACAAACAAAUUCAGGAACUGAUUGAGGCUGUAGUACUCCCUAUGACACACAAAGAGAAGUUUGUGAACCUUGGCAUCCAUCCUCCCAAAGGAGUUCUGUUGUAUGGCCCACCUGGUACGGGCAAGACUCUGCUGGCUAGAGCAUGUGCUGCCCAGACAAAGUCUACUUUCUUAAAGCUGGCUGGCCCACAGCUGGUACAGAUGUUUAUUGGUGAUGGUGCUAAACUCGUCCGUGAUGCAUUUGCACUUGCAAAAGAAAAGGCGCCAGCUAUUAUCUUCAUUGAUGAGUUAGAUGCUAUCGGUACUAAGCGUUUUGAUUCAGAAAAGGCUGGUGACCGUGAAGUGCAAAGAACUAUGUUGGAGCUGCUUAAUCAAUUAGACGGGUUUAGUUCCACUGCAGAUAUUAAGUCAAGUGUGAUAGCAGCUACAAACAGAGUAGACAUCUUAGAUCCUGCACUCCUCCGUUCUGGACGUCUUGAUAGGAAAAUUGAGUUCCCUCACCCCAAUGAGGAAGCUCGGGCUAGAAUUAUGCAGAUUCAUUCCAGGAAAAUGAAUGUUUGUCCUGAUGUGAACUUCGAGGAGCUCUCUCGUUCCACGGAUGAUUUCAACGGCGCCCAAUGUAAGGCGGUUUGCGUUGAAGCCGGUAUGAUCGCUCUCCGGCGUUCUGCAACUUCUGUUACUCACGAAGAUUUCAUGGACGCUAUACUGGAAGUACAAGCCAAGAAGAAGGCCAAUCUCAGCUACUAUGCCUAG